AUGGCCGCUCAAACAUCCCCCGCGGCAGCCUCACGGAGGCUUUUUGCUCCGCUUAAGGGCUACACAGCUCAGGGCCGGCCGUCUGCACCCGCCCCGGCUCCUGGCCAGCAGAAGCACCGCCCGCGAGUCCUGAAGGGUGUGGUGUUCGAUGUUGACGGCACUCUCUGCAUUCCCCAGAACUACAUGUUUGGCGAGAUGCGUGCGGUCCUCGGCAUCGACAAGUCCAUAGACAUUCUUGACCACAUCUACUCCUUGCCCACUGAGGACCAGCAAAAGGAGGCCAUGGAACGAGUGCGAGUCGUUGAGCGCCGUGCCAUGGCCCUGCAGCAGGCCCAACCAGGCCUGCCAGAGCUCAUGGCUUACCUGGAUUCGCGCGGUAUCCCCAAGGCCAUCUGCACCCGCAACUUUGAGCAGCCCGUGAAACAUCUGCUGGGAAAGUUCCUUGACGGCCACACUUUCGAGCCCAUUGUCACGCGCGACUUUCGCCCGCCCAAGCCCGAUCCUGCAGGCAUCCUUCAUAUCGCCCGCAGCUGGGGACUGACACGCUCUGGAGCAGCUGAGGACGCCGCAUCCCGCGUCUCGGACGAGGACACGGUCGAUCCCGCCGUCCUUCUGGCUGAGAAAAAGGAGGAGGCCAUCGAGCAGGCCGCGUCCGCUUCUGCGCCUACGGCAGCAGUUCUUGAGGCCGAUGCCUCCAGUCUCAUCAUGGUCGGCGACUCCAUCGACGACAUGACGGCGGGACGCAGAGCCGGCGCAGCAACAGUUCUGUUGGUAAACGACGUAAACCGACAUCUGGCUGAGCAUGCUCACACAGAUAUGGUGAUCGCACGCCUGGACGAUCUCAUCGAUGUGCUCGAGAAAGGCUUCGUCGGCCGGGAAAUGUCACACCUUGAAUCAUAG